GUCAAGAAUGGACCUGGGACAAGAAGUGGGCAUGGCUCAAAAGUUUGUAUUCGAUUCUGUUGAAGCUUCCAGGUAUCAUUCCCUAUUUUGAGCAGUAGAAAGGGCAUCGCUACUAGUAACAAGGGCAUUACGGCAUUACUACUAGUAGCAAGAAGCUACGCACGGUGGAGGCCAUUGCUAUUAGGUUGGAGGCCAUGAUUCCUAGUAACAAGACGCGAGCCAUGGAUAUUUUUGCUAAGUUGGAUGCUCUUUGAGAGCUGAGACGCUUUGCCCUGGUUGUGGUCCAUGAAGCCAACAGUGUGAGCAUGCGACGCGGCGAUGAGCCAAAGCAAAAGCCAACUCUGUGGGCAAAGAACAUGGAUACAUGAUGCAGAAACACUCCAAGACUAAGCCCGACAGCCUAUCUAUAUCUAUCUAUCAUUGUCUAUCUAGUUGUACGACAGCGUGUGAUAUGCUCUCAAUGGCUGCAUCUCAGGAGACAACUAGAGCAAUUCGGCAAGAAGGUAGUUCAACAGUCGGACUAGUUGCAUUGGGUAUUUUCAAGCUUCAACGUGCCAACAGCCAAUGCGCUGAUGAUGAAGCAUACACCGAUGACUUUCUGGAUCAUUUCCUUGAUGGAUUCUUACUGUCCCGUAUCGGGAGCAACAUGCUCCUGGAUCAGUACUUUGCCCGGGCGCCCAAAGAAGCAGGUGGUCUGGCAAGGAAGACGGGGAUUAUCUCGCCGCGUUGCGAUGCGGUGGCCCUUUGCAAACAAGCUGCUGACUAUGCGUCGCGCAUUUGCCAAAUGCACACUGGCCAGCUUCCCGUGGUCCUCUAUGACAACUAUGAGGCAGGGAAGGGUGCGUGCCAAGCUGACUCACCGUGCUACUUCAGCUACAUUCCUGGCUAUUUGCGCUACAUCAUGGUUGAGUUGCUGAAGAACAGCUUCAAGGCAACCUUGAUGGGAGCGACAGCUGCAGAGAUUGCAGAGCGACCCAUUCACAUCUUGAUCUGUCGGGACGAGUGCCAUGUGGCCAUCCGCGUGAGCGACCGUGCCGGAGGGAUCCCAUCACAUGUGGGGGAGCGCAUUUGGUCCUACUUGUACGGAGCCGCUGCGCGCGGCUCGGAUGAUUGCUCUGCGACCCCCCUUGUCGGGCUACGGCGUCGGCUGCUUGACAGCAAACAAGUGACAUCAGCGGUGGUGCGUCCAACACCAGGAAAAUCAAGACAAACCCUCUUUCACAUGGUCUGUGGGUGUUGGCGCUGGGUUGAACCGGCAUGGGGGCACCUGCGCAUCGGAUUCACCUCAGCUGAUGUGGAGUGA